UAGCGGUGCUCAGUGAGACGAGGAACGUGAGAUUUCGGGCCACCGUAUGAAAAUGAGUUUGACACACCUGGUCUAAAGCAAACUUUCACUCGUAACACUUUCAACUCUGCGAUGAAACUAACCGACUCCAGAACUGAGGAGACAUUUUGAGGGACCAAAGCUCUGAACUCCCUGGUCCAGAGGAGGUCUGAUUCUGCUGACUGAGACGUUUAAUCUAAUCAGGCUUUGUGGACGUGUUGCUGGUGAUGUAACCUCCUGACAAAAGGCCGCAUUGAUGAGCGAGGGCCACAAAGCAGCUCAGUGUUUCCUCCAUCCUCCAAAUCAUCUGCAGGCUUUAAUUAUGUUUCCCCUCCACGAGCUUCAGAGGAUUUUUGACGGGACGUUUAGCCACGAAACCUAAAAAAAAUCUCUGAACACCAGACGCUCUGAAAAGUAAUCAGAAAUAGACAUUUAUAUUUGAUGUUUUGACUCAUCCGCCCACUCAAAAACACUAAAACGUAGAUCUAUUGAUGACAGCAGAGGGGAAAAAGCGGUGUCGAUCGGUGCCAGCAAACAGCCGAAAUCAAGACAAGUCAUGAAAACAGAGGCUGGCUCUGAAAGGGCGCCACGCUGAGUUUUACAAACCGUUCAGACCUGAGCCAGCUCUGGAUGAUGCCCACUACAGGGUAAAAGGUUCUGUUUGUUUGUUUCACUGCUUCCUGGCUGGAGUUUCUCUAUCUGCUGGAAAGAAGUUGCAGAUCAGGAUCAGGUACAGGCAGGAAACCUGUCUAGAGUUUCAUGAAUAAAAGGACAACCAAUCAUCUUUUCUGUAUCUCAAAGCAGAGGAACUAAAUCAUGCUAUUUGAUUUUGUAAUUAUAAACAUUAAAUGGUAUAUAUUAAUCUUUAUUUGAUGUUUAUAAAUGAAGUUUUGCACCAGAAUCAGGCAGAUUUUUUUACCGCCGCCCGGUUAACCCUGAACAAUAGCAGUUGUUUGUUUUUAGCGGAGAUCUUUUUUACAUGUCAGGUCUACUGUGAGGAGUAUCAGGAGGACAAAACGCCUUUAUUGUUGUUUAGUUCGCGUGAGAAGCAGGGCAAGAGGAGGGUCUGGGGCUGGACUCUGAUUGGUCCGAUUCAAGAAGGUCUUUUUGAACAAUGUAGGCGAUGAGGUGUGUGUUUACCUGGUUUUUGUUACCUUCUCCUGGCAUAAACACCUACCUGGUCAGAACCGGUAGACAUUUUGGGGGUCCGCAGAUUUAUGGGACCCUGUUUGUUUGGGGGGGUCCGGACCGCGUUAAAUGGGGAUGAGCUGAGAGGCCCUAAUUGGACGCACAGCUGAUCUCAUUACGGGGGGAAGUGGGCCCCCGGCUGGAGUCCAGGCUGGGACGGAGACAGGGAGGUGUCUCUUGAAGAGGGGGUUUUAGUGUGGGGCACUGCAGGUCCAGGUCUGGCACAAAGCCCCCACUCUUUUGUGUGAUUGCCAGGCCUCCAUUGUUCAGACCCUCAUUAGCAGCACUUGCUAGACAAGGUUGUUUUCCCCAGUUUCUCCCAGCGGACUCUUCAACAAACUGAGAACUGAGCAAAGAAGCUCCAGUCCAGGACUUGAGGAGGACUCUGAGACACCAUGGACCCGUCAGGGCUCGAGGCUGCGGCCCUGAGGAGAGGGAGCUUUGAUGAUGCCGCUGUUUCCCUGCGUCCUCACUUCAGACACUUGGCUCAGAGGCGACGCUCGGCUCCAUCGCUCGUGUUUGGGAAAGCUCUGGGGAUGACGUGGUCUCCUAUCAGGGAGGAGGCUCAGAGCUGGGUGUCUGUGGACCAGAGUCCGUUCGUCCUCGGUCUGACCAGCGAGAACGGAGAGCUGCUGCUGGACGAGUGCGUCCAGGUCACAGAGGGGACGAAGACCAGGGAGAGACACCUUUUCCUCUUCACUGAUGCCAUCGUCUUUGCUAAACUAAAGUCAACGGCCAGCUACCGUCUGAAGCACAGAGUGAACCUCGAGGACGUUUGGCUUCACGGCCUGGAGGACGAGCAGGACGACGUCUGCGACGAUGAACCGACCGAAGACUUCGACGUCAGGCUGACGCUCGUCCUGGCCUGGGCUCUCACCAUUUGUCUCGUGCGUUUCCGCUCUCCUGAGGUGAAAGAACGCUGGUUAGAUACUCUUCACAGGAAAAUUAACGAGGCGAAAGCGAGGACCGACUGCUCUUCUCCGCCUCCAGACGUCCUCAUGAAGGUGUUGAGUGGCAGCAUCGCAAGCAAAACGCUAACAGGAGGAGGCAUGGAGCAGCUGAUUGAGCCUUUACCUGAGGGUGAUGUGAAGAUCUCGGUUCUGUCAAAGCAGAUGAACUCAGAUGAGCGACAGCCUUCUGAAACCAAGUGGAACGUGGUUCGGAAGAUGAAGCUCAGGAAAGGCUCCACCAAAGUGUGCCCCGCAGGGAAAGACUCCAAGACUCAGCUGUUUGGACGACCCCUCUGCCAGAUCUGCCCCGACGACGACUCCCUUCCCAAACCCAUCACAGAGCUGCUGGUGCUGCUGAGGAAGAGGGGCCCGUCCACCGAGGGGGUGUUCCGCAAAACGUGCAACAACCGGCUCAUGAAGGACAUCCGGGAGCAGCUGGACGCCGGCUCGCAGGUGGACCUGGAGGGUCAGCCGGUCAACCUGCUCGUCGGACUGCUCAAAUGUUUCCUGAAGGAGCUGCCCGGCAGCCUGCUCAGGGCCGGGUUCUACAGCAGGUGGAUGACGGCUCUCGAGCACCAAGACGCCCAGCAGAGAGCUCUGGAAGUCACAAAGGUGGUAGACGACCUCCCGGGUCCUAAUAAACUCCUCCUGCAGCAUCUGAUCUGCGUCUUGCAUCACAUCAUCGAAAGCUCCGACCUGAACAAGAUGGACGCCUGCAACAUGGCGGUGUGCAUCGGCCCCACGCUGCUGCAGCUGGACGACACGCCGCUGGACGGGCAGAGGGAGAAGAUGCAGAAGGUCACAGAGCUGACCCAGUUCCUGCUUGAGAACUUGAAGAUUCUCGGAGAGAAUAUCCCCAGUUUGCUGGACACUGAUGAAGACUCAGUUUCCUCGGUGCAUCACGACUCGGCGUACGACAGCACCGACCCGGACGGAGAUGGCGAGGCAGGAGAGAAGAUCGGGUCCGCACACGGAGACCGAGGCUCGUCAUCGUCGUACUCCUCCCUCAGCCCGAGCACCACCGCCUCUUCGUGGCGAUCCGACGCCGCGUUUGACGCGAAGAAGCCCUUCAGCCGCCGCUGCUCGGAGCCCACCAUCCACCUGACCGUGGGGCUGGAAAACUUCCACAGCCACUCCCGCAGCCACGAGGACUGCUCCGUGGAGAGGGCCGAGUUCGACGAGCAGCCUCUGAAGAAGCAGAUCUCAGAUGACUCCUUCUUGCUGAGGAGCCGCGGCGGAGCCAGCUCGGUUCUGUCGUUCCCAAAACUGAGUAGCACCUCCAACAUGGAUCCGCUGCCCUACAUGAGGACGGACUGCUCCUGCUCGUCCCUGGAGAGCUCCGCCUCCAACCAGUCGGAGAGCUCCGUUUUCACCAGCUCCCCAAUGGGGUCGCCGGGAUGCACCAAGAAAGCCAACGCCAAGCAGGACAUUCCCAGACCCAUUUCAGAGGAGAAGAGGCGAUCCCAGUCCAUGAGGGUGGGCUCUAAGGUUCUGAUGAGGACCAAGAGCUUGGGGGCUUUCAGCAGGAACAGCCUGAAGAAGGACUCUCAGAAGGACAAAUCGUUCCCGUGCGAGACGCUUCAGGAGGACUUGCAGAGCGAAGCAACAGCGGAGCUCCUGCCCAAACAGCGCCCCCUGUCUGCGAUCGAGGUGUUCAAGCACGUGGACAGCAAGCAGCCCUGCAGACCCCCCACCUACGAGCAGGCGCUGCAGAGCACAGGCCUCCCGCCGCUCUACGGCUCAAUGACCGUCCAGGACGCCAUGACGCUGGGGAGGAGGUCCCGUCCGUCCUCCGUGAACUACGAGUUCCCAGCCGUCAGGGACUACGUGUGCAACCAGGACUGCUUCAACCAGACUGCGCAGGACGGCAGCGAGCGGCGGCAGCCUUUCCGCCCGAGAGCCAUGUCCGAGUCUGUGUCAACGGGCCUGCACGAGGGGCUGUCCCGCAGGUGCAGCCAGCCCGUGUUCGAGGAAUUUCCUUACGCCAAGGAGUCUUAUGUCUGAUUUACUGUUUUCACAAAACAACAUAUGUUGGUUUGAUGUCACUGAGAGAGGCUAAAACGGACCACUCAAACCAGAAAGUCCCUCGUUUUUUGAUUCCUCAGAGUUUCAGUGAUAUAUUUACCCAGGUACAUGUUUUUUAAAACAGUAAAUUCAGUUUUAUAGUGACAGAUUGGCUCUAAUUUUUCACUUUUUUUAUUGUACAAAGGUUUUAUCAGUCUUUUUUUGGUUUGAGAUGAAUGAAUGUCAGUCAUGUGCAGCCUGUGUUGCACAUGCUCAGUAGUGCUUUUAAAGUACGACCAUUACAUUAUAUGUAGUUUUAAAGAUAGAUAUUUAGUCUAUCACCAUGAAGCUAUAAACACGCAGUUAACUGUGAAUGAAAUAUGCUAAAUUUGUGUUUUUCUUUAACGUUUUGCAGCCAUAAUGAUUUGUACUGUACACAAUAUUCAGCACACUGUGUUUUUGUCUGACUUUUCUGUCUUUUUGCUUUUUGUCGACACACUUCACUUUUCAAUCUUCCUCUUCCACUACACUGAAGCACUUUUACCAUGAUUUAUUAUGCUUUUCUUAUUUUUUAUGCUAAAAUGUAAAUACGUUGAGACACCAAUAGAUAAGAGAUGUUUUAUAUUUGUUAAGAGCUCUUUAAGAGUGUUGACUUAUUUGUAAAUGGUUCUUAGUUAACCGCACAAAUGGAAGAAAAAUAAAAUAUAAUACAUAAAAAA